AUGGAGGCAGAGGGCAGCAGCGUGCCGGCCCGGGCGGGCAGCGGCGAGGGCAGCGACGGCGCCGGCGGGGCCGCGCUCAAAGCCCCCAAGCACCUCUGGAGGCACGAGCAGCACCACCAGUACCCGCUCCGGCAGCCCCAGUUCCGUCUCCUGCACCCCCAUCACCACCUGCCCCCGCCGCCGCCGCCCUCGCCCCAGCCCCAGUGCCCCCUGCAGCCGCCGCCGCCCCCCCUGCCGCCGCCCCCGCCGCCGCCGCCCGGGGCGGCUCGCGGCCGCUACGCCUCGAGCGGGGCCACCGGCCGCGUCCGGCACCGCGGCUACUCGGACACCGAGCGCUACCUGUACUGCCGCGCCAUGGACCGCACCUCCUACGCCGUGGAGACCGGCCACCGGCCCGGCCUGAAGAAAUCCAGGAUGUCCUGGCCCUCGUCGUUCCAGGGACUCAGGCGUUUCGAUGUGGACAAUGGCACAUCUUCAGGACGGAGUCCCUUGGAUCCCAUGACCAGCCCGGGAUCUGGGCUGAUUCUCCAAGCAAAUUUCGUCCACAGCCAGCGUCGGGAGUCCUUCCUAUAUCGCUCCGACAGCGAUUAUGACCUCUCACCAAAGUCUAUGUCCCGAAACUCCUCCAUUGCCAGUGACAUACAUGGAGAUGACCUGAUUGUGACUCCCUUUGCACAGGUCUUGGCCAGCCUGAGAACUGUUCGAAACAACUUUGCUGCUUUGACUAAUUUGCAAGACCGAGCACCUAGCAAAAGAUCACCCAUGUGCAACCAACCAUCCAUCAACAAAGCCACCCUAACAGAGGAGGCCUACCAGAAACUGGCCAGCGAGACCCUGGAGGAGCUGGACUGGUGUCUGGACCAGCUAGAGACCCUGCAGACCAGGCACUCCGUCAGUGAGAUGGCCUCCAAUAAGUUUAAAAGGAUGCUUAAUCGAGAGCUCACCCAUCUCUCUGAAAUGAGUCGGUCUGGAAAUCAAGUGUCAGAGUAUAUAUCAAAUACAUUCUUAGAUAAGCAACAUGAAGUGGAAAUUCCUUCUCCGACUCAGAAGGAAAAGGAGAAAAAGAAAAGGCCAAUGUCUCAGAUCAGUGGGGUCAAGAAGUUGAUGCACAGCUCCAGUUUGACCAAUUCAAGCAUCCCAAGGUUUGGGGUCAAAACUGAACAAGAAGACGUCCUUGCCAAGGAACUAGAAGAUGUGAACAAAUGGGGUCUUCAUGUUUUCAGAAUAGCAGAGUUGUCUGGGAACCGACCUUUGACUGUUAUCAUGCACACCAUUUUUCAGGAACGGGAUUUAUUAAAAACAUUUAAAAUUCCAGUAGACACUUUAAUUACAUACCUAAUGACCCUAGAAGAUCAUUACCAUGCUGAUGUGGCCUACCACAAUAAUAUUCACGCUGCAGAUGUUGUCCAGUCAACGCAUGUGCUGUUGUCCACACCUGCUUUAGAGGCUGUGUUUACAGAUUUGGAGAUUCUUGCAGCAAUUUUUGCCAGUGCAAUCCAUGAUGUUGAUCAUCCUGGUGUGUCCAAUCAGUUUCUGAUCAAUACAAACUCUGAACUUGCCUUGAUGUACAACGAUUCCUCUGUCCUGGAGAACCAUCAUUUGGCUGUGGGCUUUAAGUUGCUUCAGGAAGAAAACUGUGACAUUUUCCAGAAUUUGACCAAAAAGCAAAGACAGUCAUUAAGGAAGAUGGUCAUUGACAUUGUACUUGCCACAGACAUGUCAAAGCACAUGAAUCUACUGGCCGAUUUGAAAACUAUGGUUGAAACUAAGAAAGUGACAAGUUCUGGAGUUCUUCUUCUUGAUAAUUAUUCUGAUAGGAUCCAGGUCCUUCAGAACAUGGUGCACUGUGCUGACCUGAGCAACCCGACCAAGCCUCUCCAGCUGUACCGCCAGUGGACGGACCGCAUCAUGGAGGAGUUCUUCCGCCAAGGGGACCGAGAGAGGGAGCGGGGCAUGGAGAUAAGCCCCAUGUGUGACAAGCACAACGCAUCUGUGGAAAAAUCACAGGUGGGCUUCAUAGACUAUAUCGUUCAUCCUCUCUGGGAGACGUGGGCAGACCUGGUCCAUCCUGACGCCCAGGACAUUUUGGACACUUUGGAGGACAAUCGUGAGUGGUACCAGAGCACAAUUCCUCAGAGCCCUUCCCCGGCACCUGAUGACCAGGAGGAGGGUAGGCAGGGUCAGACGGAGAAGUUCCAGUUUGAACUGACUUUAGAGGAAGAUGGCGAGUCAGACACGGAGAAGGACAGCGGGAGUCAAGUCGAAGAAGACACUAGCUGCAGCGACUCCAAGACGCUGUGCACUCAAGACUCGGAGUCCACCGAAAUCCCCCUGGAUGAGCAGGUCGAAGAGGAGGCGGUGGCGGAGGAGGAGGAGAGCCAGCCUGAGGCCUGUUUCAUCGGGGACCCCUCCCCGGACACGUAA